AUGUCUGCAAAUAAGAAAUCUAUCUAUCUAUCUAUCUAUCUAUCUAUCUAUCUAUCUAUCUAUCUAUCUCAUUCUCUAAUCUGUAUUGUUUUGCCAGUUUCCAUAAUUUCUGAUCUAUCUAUCUAUCUAUCUAUCUAUCUAUCUAUCUAUCUAUCUAUCUAUCUAUCUAUCUAUCUAUGUCCUUUACUGGGAAUUAAGCUCAACCCGGACCUCACAGAGUUUAUAUUUGAUUAUUUCAAUCGGUCCCUAUCUAUCUAUCUAUCUAUCUAUCUAUCUCACUCUCUCUCUCUCUGUCUCUCUUUAUCUAUCUAUCUAUCUAUCUAUCUAUCUAUCUAUCUAUAUAUAUAUAUAUAUAUAUAUACACACCACUCUUCGUCAAAUAUUACCUAUUACCAAGUUGUUCAUAUCUAUCCCCGUCUGUUAUCUAUCUAUCUAUCUAUCUAUCUAUCUAUCUAUCUAUCUAUCUCUCUAUCUAUCUAUCUCCGUCUGUUUAUCUUUCUAUCUAUCUAUCUCCGUCUGUUUAUCUAUCUAUCUAUCUAUCUAUCUAUCUAUCUAUCUAUCUAUCUAUCUAUAUAUAUAUAUAUAUUUAUAUAUAUAUAUAUAUAUAUAUAUAUAUAUAUAUAUUUAUCUAUCUAUCUAUCUAUCUAUCUAUCUAUCUGA